AUGAUGAGGCUGAGAGUGCGGAAGGCUUCUCAGCAGCCCAAAUCCAAACCUGGUCCCAAACCCAGCCCCGGCCGUCCAGCCUCAGACCCCCGCCCAGCCCAGGCCAAGAGGAAACACUGCGAGGUGGAGCCUCCGGCCAGGAGAGGCCUCAGGAUGCAAAAGAAUGAGACCGGCCUGUUCUCCACCAUCAAGAAGUUCAUCAGGGGAAAUGCUGUCAAGGUGGGUGAACCAUCUUCAUAUAGGAAGACAAGUUGAACUAAUUAACAACAAUAGCAAUGCAGCAAAUGUGAAUCAGCUUUCAGAUAGUUCACCGAAAGUUGUUUUUGUUAGGAUCUUCGUUGCAUGGCGUCUUGUCCACAGAAGGCCGGUGUGGGAGCAUGAAAAAAAAAGUGUUACUUUUUAACCCCCUUUUCAUGAUAUCCAAUUGGUAGUUAGUCUUGUCCCAUCGCUGCAACUCCCGUACGGACUCAGGAGAGGCAAAGGUCAAGAGCCAUGCGUCCUCUGAAACACGACACUGCCAAGCCGCACUGCUUCUUGACACACUGCUCGCUUAACACGGAAGCCAGCCGCACCAAUGGGUUGGAGGAAACACCGUCAAGCUGGUGACCGUGUCAGCGUGCAUGCGCCCGGCCCGCCACAGGAGUCGCUAGAGCGCGAUGGGACAAGGACAUCCCGGCCAGCCAGACCCUCUCCUAACCCGAACGACGCUGGGCCAAUUGUGCGUCGCCUCAUGGGUCUCCCGGUCGCGGCCAGCUGCGACACAGCCCAGGAUCAAACCCGGAUCUGUAGUGACGUCUCAACCACUGCAGUGACUUAGACCACUCGGGAGGCCCACGGGAGCAUGUUUUUGUCCUAACCAAGCAGUAACACUGAUUCAACUAAUCAUGUCUUUUAUUGAAGUAUUGAUUAGGUGAAUCAUGUGUGUACUAGUCCACAUUGAUCUCUGUGGAUGUGAUUGGACACUCCUCAGUUAUGAGUCUUACUUCCGUGAUGAAUAGUAAUGAUACGUUGAUUUUUAACUUUAGGGGAGAAAUUAUAAUUUAAGUUUACAUAAAAUAUGUCAGAUUGUAGAUUUUCAACAUUAGGAAAUUCAUGUAUAUUUUAUUAUGUAAGUGGUGGGCUUAUUUGGAACACCCCCAUGGGUUUAAAGGGUACAUUCGGUACCCAUUAAGACCACUACAGACUUUUCACAUACUUUAACAUUUAUAAAACAUUUUAAAUCAUAAAAUGUCACAUGAGAUGAAUCUCUACUCUUCUUCCUCCCUCCCAGGUAGAGCAGGACAUCCCAGCUAAGAGACGUCGUAUUGAUUGUAAAGUGGACAGCAGCAACCUGAUCACGUCUUCUCCUCACCCUCCCAUCAAAGCACCCAGGGUCUGCGGGGGAGGAGCUAACAAACCUGGUGAGUUAGAGUCAAGACACUCCACAGGGUCAUCUGGAACCUACAGUACCAGUCAAAAGUUUGGACACACCUACUCAUUCAAGGGUUUUUCUUUAUUUUUCAAAUAUUUUCUACAUUGUAGAAUAAUAGUGAAGACAUCAAAACUAUGAAAUAACACAUGUGGAAUCAUGUAGUAACCAAAAAAGUGUUAAAUAAAAAAUAUUUUAUAUUUGAGAUUCUUCAAAUAGCCACCCAUUGCCUUGAUGACAGCUUUGAACACUCUUGGCAUUCUCUCAACCAGCUUCACCUGGAAUGCAUUUCCAACAGUCUUGAAGGAGUUCCCACAUAUGCUGAGCACUUGUUGGCUGCUUUUCCUUCACUCUGCGGUCCGACUCAUCCCAAACCUUCUCAAUUUGGUUGAAGUUGGGGGAUUGUGGAGGCCAGGUUAUCUGAUGCAGCACUCCAUCACUCUCCCUGGUAAAAUAGCCCUUACACUGUCUGUAGGUGUGUUGGAUCAUUGUCCUGUUGAAAAACAAAUGAUAGUCCCACUAAGCCCAAACCAGAUGGGAUGGCGUAUCGCUGCAGAAUGCUGUGGUAGCUAUGCUGGUUAAGUGUGCCUUGAAUUAUAAAUAAAUCACAGACUGUGUCACCAGCAAAACACCAUAACACCUCCUCCUCCAUGCUUUACGGUCGGAAAUACACAGGCGGUGAUCAUCCGUUCACCCACACCGCGCCUCACAAAGACACAGCGGUUGGAACCAAUAAUCUCCAAUUUGGACUACAGACCAAAGGACACAUUUCCACCGGUCUAAUGUCCAUUGCUCGUGUUUCUUGGCCCAAGCAAGUCUCUUCUUAUUAUUGGUGUCCUUUAGUAGUGGUUUCUUUGCAGCAAUUCGACCAUGAAGGCCUGAUUCACAGUCCCCUCUGAACAGUUGAUGUUAAGAUGUGUCUCUUACUUGAACUCUGUGAAGCAUUUAUUUGGGCUGCAAUUUCUGAGGCUGGUAACUGUAAUGAACUUAUCCUUUGCAGCAGAGGUAACUCUGGGUCUUCCAUUCCUGGGGCGGUCCUCAUGAGAGUCAGUUUCAUCAUAGCGCUUGAUGGUUUUUGCGACUGCACUUGAAGAAACUUUCAAAGUUUCUCUUAGCUUAUUUGAUCUGUUCUUGCCAUAAUAUGGACUUGGUCUUUUACCAAAUAGGGCUAUCUUCUGUAUACCCUCCUUACCUUGUCACAACACAACUGAUUGGCUCAAACGCAUUAAGAAGGAAAUAAAUUCCAUAAAUUAACUUUUAAGAAGGCACACCUGUUAAUUGAAAUGCAUUCCAGGUGACUACCUCAUGAAGCUGGUUGAGAGAAUGCCAAGAGUGUUCAAAGCUGUCAUCAAGGCAAAGGGUGGCUACUUGAAGAAUCUCAAAUAUAAAAUAUAUUUUGAUUUGUUUAACACUUUUGGUUACUACAUGAUUCCAUAUGUGUUAUUUCAUAGUUUUGAUGUCUUCACUAUUAUUCUACAAUGUAAAAAAUAAAGAAAGAAAAACCCUUGAAUGAGUAGGUGUGUCCAAACUUUUGACUGGUACUGUACAUUAUAAUAAUGUUAGUGUGGAGACGAAGGGCUCCAUUCAUAGUUCUGCUGUAUGACGUCACACUGUAGCCACACCCUCUUUGUGCACAUCUGCUUAUUGGAAACUUUGCAACAAGUCAAUUAUCAAUAUCGAAUUAAGAAAUCUGAAUGUCUUGUUUUACAAUAGAUGUCUCUAGUGCUCAUUUCAAAUGAUAACAAUCGUGUCCGUGUAAGUAGUGAAGUUCAGUGAACUACAACAACAACAACAACAACAACAACAACAACAGCUGAAUAACUCCUUUCUCUCAGAUCCAAUGACGUUGAACAGUAAGCCCCUGAAGCCCAACGGUAAGCUGGAGGUCCCAGUGGAGGUCCCCAGUAGCCCACCUCGCACCACUCUCCUGGGGACCAUCUUCUCUCCCGUCUUCAACUUCUUCUCGCCUGCUACCAAGACCGGUAACAGAAUCUGCCUCUUGUGUUUUUUUUAAAUCAUAGUUAAAAGACAAUCUUAAAGAAAAUCGGUUAUUUAACCUUAUUCUCCGUGGUUGAAUCUCAAAUGUGUUUUCCUUGAUUUUGUCACGUCCUCUUCUCGCCUCACUCUCAAGACGUCAGAGGGAAGCGAGGAGAGCAUUGGACAGAAGAUCUUCUCUUCCCUCUGACAUUUUGAGAAGGAGAGAAGAGAACGCCACACAUUUUUUACAUUUUUAGUCAUUUUAGCAGAACGCUCUUAUCCAGAGCGACUUACAGUUAGUGAGUGCAUACAUAUUUCAUACUGCCCCCCCCCCCCCCGUGGGAAUCGAACCCACAACCCUGGCGUUGCAAGCGCCAGGCUCUACCAACUGAGCAACAGGGGGGGACGAAUGGAGGGUACAAACCUUGGAGAUUCACCCAUGGCAAAAUAAUAUUCAAGGAGGAUUACUUUUGAGAUUCACUGAGUUUCUCUCCUGUGUUCCCUUCGGUGUCUAGCUGCUCCUGAUUCUGGGUCCCCUGGGCAGGAGGAGGAGACCCCCACCUGUAACCCCACAUCUGCAGAGGGCAUCGUACUGUCCCCUGUUGCCCCAGUAGCACUACCGUCGCCACAGGCUCCUCUGGCCAUCCCAGAACCGCCGGUCCAAGAAGGGGAGAUGGUUACGGAAACUGAUAUGCCCCCUCUAACAGGUAACCGUGACGAUAUGCCCCCUCUUAACAGGUAACCGUGACGAUAUGCCCCCCUCUUAACAGGUAAACGUGAUGUUGGUUGAUCUUAGGUUAUGCUAUACGGGUGUGGGUCAAUUUAGAACUGUGUGAGACUUGAAGAUCCUGUGAUUUUUUUUAUUUUUUUUACGUGAUAUGGAAUAUUCUGUGAAAAGAUGAUAUCCUAAAUGUCUGAAUGUGCCGUUGUCCCCCAAUUAGCUCCGGGGUGCACCUCAGUCAGCUGUUACCCCCACGCCCCUCACACGGCCCCCGCAGAGGGCAGCUACGAGGAAGACUGGGAAGUUUUUGAUCCGUGAGUACUGCUUUAGUUUAUUUAUCGAACUCACCAACCAAACACAGUUUAAGUGCCUCUCUUUUAAAUAACAGGCAGUAGAAAGAGGUCUGCAUUUUGGGGAUUUUUAAGUUAAAAAGGGAAUGUUUUUUUAUUCCAUUUUAAACAGAAGCCCCAUCUGUCUUGUCACACCAUCUAACCUACUUAGUAAUAGUGUGCAAAGAUCAACUACUUGGACCUCCUAAGAUAUCUGUGCCUGCUCUGUUUUCAGGUACUUCUUCAUCAAGCACGUGCCUCCGCUGACUGAGGAGCAGAUAGCCCGCAAACCAGCACUGCCUCUUAAAACGCGCAGCACACCAGAGUUCUCCCUGGUCCUAGAUCUGGUGAGCUUGCAGCCCCGACUGUUUCUCUGUUGUUUUGGGGUUGCCUGUAGUCGUCUUGAAUGUCCAGACCCAAGAUGCAUUCUGAGUCUGAGAUCUACAGAAUGUUCUGAAAUCUGUUAACUUAUUUGUUCUAAACACUCUCAUCCAGAUCAGUGCAUUCCAACUAAAUUGGGUAAAACAACCAAUAAUCAGAAACUGUUUUGUGUAUUCAUCAGGACGAGACGUUGGUUCACUGUAGUCUGAAUGAGCUGGACGACGCAGCCCUGACCUUCCCUGUGUUGUUCCAAGACGUCAUAUACCAGGUGGGUACUAGAGGCUGUGACGGCACAGAAAUCCUAAGGUUUUUUUAAAUGAUUGUCAAGGGCUCUUUCUCAAUAAGUAUUUCCUUGUGUCCUCUCUUUCUUCUCAAACCUCAUUGGAAGAGAAUAUCCAGUCUUUUCCCCAUGGAUUUCUUCUUCUGUGCGUUUUGAGAAGGAGGUGAGGAGAAUGGACAUGAGGACUCGAGGAAAGACAUUUAGAAAAAGCCAUAGGUUUUAUGUGAUUGUCAUGGAAAACGUCUCUUUCAGUGAGGUAUGUUUACAUGCACGGGAAUAAUUCGAUAUUAAACUGAUUAUGACAGUAGGCAGAUAAUGCAACAGUCAUGUAAACCCCUUACUCUGUUUAUCAUAAUCGGCAUAAGGUCAAAAUAGAAGUAAGCAUACGAGGAUUAAAACAUCUGGUUGUCUGAGUAAUCUUUUGAAUGAUUAGGACAUGUAAACACCUUAAUCGGUGUUCCAGCGGUGUAUUUAAUCUGCUCAUGGGCCAGCACCGGGCCAGCACCAGCCCAGCGAGCCUCCCUCUUUAGCGCCAGUGAAGUGAGUUUGGAACAACUGAAUGAAUGCGUCUUAGAAGUAGUUUUCACAUAACUUUUUUUUUUUUUUAUAUGUCCGAACUUGGAAAUCAAAUAUGCUUCCCAAAAAUAACAUGGUCGCUGUGGUAGAACGUUUAUUUUGACUUGCAAUUUUCAGCAUUUAUCAGAGUCCCAUCGGGAUAGCCUGAUUUUUCAGAUGUGUCCAUGUAAACCAGAUUAUUAGGGAAAACCGUUCUUUUUGCAAAGAAUGUAAACGUUUUAACCAAACUAUUAUAUUAAUCUAACUAUCCACAAUAAUCGCAUUAUUGUGUGCAUGUAACUGUACUCUGUGAACAGGGAGUGGUCUUGAUUUGGGAUAUAUUGUCAGUCAUGUUAUUUUUCUCUCUGCAGGUGUAUGUGCGGUUGAGGCCGUUCUUCAGAGAGUUCCUGGAGCGCAUGUCUCAGAUUUACGAGGUGAGGUUCUAAUAUAUAUCUGAUGAAGGUGACGCCACACCAGAUCACAUUUCCAUUUUAGUCAUUUAGCAGACGUUCUUAUCCAGAGCAACUGACAGUUAGUGAGUGAGUGCAUACUUUUUUUGUACUGGUCCCCCCGUGGGAAAUGAACCCACAACCCUGGCGUUGCAAGCAUCAAAUCAAAUUGUAUUGGCCACAUGCGCCGAAUACAACAGGUGCAGACAUUACAGUGAAAUGCUUACUUACAGCCCUUAACCAACAGUGCAUGUAUUUUUUAUAAAAAAAUUAAAAUAAAACAACAACAAAAAAGUGUUGAGAAAAAAAGAGCAGAAGUAAAAUAAAAUAACAGUAGGGAGGCGAUAUAUACAGGGGGGGUACCGGUGCAGAGUCAAUGUGCGGGGGCACCGGCUAGUUGAGGUAAUAUGUACAUGUGGGUAGAGUUAAAGUGACUAUGCAUAGAUAAUAAACACAUGGGACCACAGAUCUCUGUAGACUUCGCUGGGACAGACAAUCGGAAAUCCCAUUUUAGAUAUAAAACUGUUAACCGUUUUCAUUUCCGUUCCACAGAUCAUUCUGUUCACUGCCUCUAAGAAGGUGUACGCGGAUAAGCUGCUGAACAUCCUGGACCCAAAGAAACAGUUGGUCAGGUCGGUGAAAGAACAGCCCAUUUUGCUGUUGAACGAUUACAACCGACCAUUGCUAAGUUGCACCAUGGAUUGCGUCCCAAAUGGCCCCGCACAGGGCUCUGGUCAACAGUAGUGCACUAUGUAGGGAAUGGGGUGCCAUAUGGGACAGAGUGUAUUUCCAACAGCCACUACGCUAGACUAAUCAUCGGUUGUUUUCUCCUCUCCUACAGGCAUCGGUUGUUCCGUGAGCACUGUGUAUGUGUUCAAGGAAACUACAUCAAGGACCUGAACAUUCUUGGAAGGGAUCUUUCAAAGACUAUAAUAAUCGACAAUUCACCUCAAGCCUUCGCCUAUCAGGUAAGCCUUCAUCAAUCAAUCAAAUUGUAUUUAUAAAGCCCUUUUUACAUCAGCAGAUGUCACAAAGUGCUAUACAGAAACCCAGCCUAAAACCCCAAACAGCAAGCAAUGCAGAAGCACGGUGGCUAGGAAAAACUCCCUAGAAAGGCAGGAACCUAGAGAGGAACCAGGCUCUGAGGGGUGGCCAGUCCUCUUCUGGCUGUGCUGGGUGGAGAUUAUAACAGUACAUGGCCAUUAAGGCCCGAUUUUUCUCCAAGAUGUUUAAACGUUAAUAGAUGACCAGCGGGGUCAAAUAAUAAUCACAGUGGUUUGCAGCAUAGCUACUGGAGGCUGAGACGGGGGGGUCGGUGGACACUGUGGCCCCGUCCGACGAUUCCCCCGGACAGGGUCAACCAGGCAGGAUAUAACCCAACCCACUUUGCCAAACGCACAUCCCCCACACCACUAGAGGGAUAUCAACAGACCACCAACUUACUACCCUGAGACAAGGCUGAGUAUAGCCCACAAAGAUCCCGAGUGGGUGUAAAACCGGACAGGAAGAUCACGUCAGUGACUCAACCCACUCAAGUGAUGCACCCCUCCUAGGGACGGCAUGGGAGAGCACUAGUAAGCCAGUGACUCAGCCCCCGUAAUAGGGUCAGAUACAGAGAAUCCCAGUGGAGAGAGGGGAACCGGCCAGGCAGAGACAGCAAGGGCAGUUCGUCACUCCAGUGCCUUGCCGUUUACCUUCGCACCCCUGGGCCAGACUACACUCAAUCAUAGGACUUACUGAAGAGAUUAGUCUUCAGUAAAGACUUAAAGGUCGAGACCGAGUCUGCGUCUCUCACAUGGAUAGGCAGACCAUUCCAUAAAAAUGGAGCUCUAUAGGAGAAGGCCCUGCCUCCAGCUGUUUCUAGUCAAGAUUCUAGCAGCCGUGUUUAGCACUAACUGAAGUUGAUUUAGUGCUUUAUCCGGGUAGCUGGAGAGUAGAGCAUUGCUGUAGUCUAAUCUAGAAGUGACAAAAGCAUGGAUUAGCUUUUCUGCAUCAUUUUUGGACAAAAUGUUUCUGAUUUUUACAAUGUUACGAAGAUGGGGAAAAAAGCAGUCCUUGAAAUAUUCUUGAUAUGUUCGUCAAAAGAGAGAUCAGGGUCCAGAGUAACACCCAGGUCCUUCCGGGUUUUUUUUGAGACGACUGUACAACCCCGUGUAGCUCAGUUGGUAGAGCGUGGCGCUUGCAACGUCAGGGUUGUGGGUUUGUUUCCCACGGGGGGCCUGUAUGAAAAUAUAUGCACUCGCUAACUGUAAGUCGCUCUGGAUAAGAGCGUCUGCUAAAAUGACUAAAAUGUACAACCAUCAAGAUUAAUUGUCAGAUUCAACAGAAGAUCUUUGUUUCUUGGGACCUAGAACUAGAAUCUCUGUUUUGUCCGAGUUUAAAAGUUAAAAAAAUAUUGCCGCCAUCCACUUCCUUAUGUCUGAAACACAGGCUUCCAGGGUCGGCCAUUUUGGGGCCUCACCAUGUUUCAUCGAAAUGUACAGCUACUUACUAUAUCCCACAGGAAUCCCAUACUAAAAAUAUAUACAGGAAGUCGUUGGAUAAAAGUGUCUGUAAAGUCUCAUAAUUAUAUAGUAUGAUAUCGCAAUUCAAAACGUCUUUGUUCUCAAUCGUAGCUUUCCAAUGGGAUUCCCAUCGAGAGCUGGUUCAUGGACAGGAAUGAUAAUGAGCUCCUCAAGCUGGUUCCUUUCCUGGAGAAGCUGGUGGAGAUGGUAUGUUCUCAUUCUGAAAAGAACCUUGCCUUUGGGUGUCCAACUCACUCUAAAACAUUUGCCCUUGUACCUGUAAGAUAUGUCUCUAUAGCGCCUGUAG